UGCACGCAACAAUAAUGCUUAAAUCUAAGUGAAGAAUGCGAAGAUAUUUUCACUUUCAUCUAGAUUUUAAAUCUUCAAUCUCAGUGAGUUAAAUAUCAACCAAGAGUGAAUCCUUUUAGAAAUGUCUAGUUCUAGUUCCACCGUUUCGCCAACUUUAGAAUUGAAACAAGAAGUUCGAGAGAAGAUUGACAAAUAUUUAGAGAACUCUUGGGAAAAUCUUCACCGUUUAGUUGGACAGACAGUCAGAUUAGUGUGUCAUCACCCUAUCACGGUGGCAGUCACCAUGGAACUACCAGGUUCACAUUUAGCUUGGCUCAUCAAUGGCUCUCCACUGAUUAUGGAUCCAAGUCGUGUUUUCUAUUACAAAGGCAACAUUGAUAUAACGGACCUGAGUCCAUCUGACACAGGUGUCUAUGAAUGUAUUGUGAGGUGGACAUCGGGCAACAUACUUGAUAAUGUGACAGUAGGAGUCUAUAGCCUUCAAGUCAGCACUUUAUCAGCAACACGUUACAUCUUUGAGUACGAGCCGCUGAAAUUGGUUUGCAACAGUGGGAGUCUCGGGCGUCUGUUUCCGGCGGCUACCCGACAGUGGUUCUUCAACGAAACAGCCUUCACCUUGCUUCCAUCAUUAUUGGCAGACAACGAGACUGUCGAGGUCAUUCAUAAAAUUCACAAAAAUCAAUCAGGGGUCUGGAAGUGCCAGGUCACCCACUCCAGAUCAGGAAGAGUCUGGGACACAGCUUGGCUAAAUGUCACAGUACAAGAUCCACCAUCUUUUAUCGCUCGAUGGUACCGACAAAUGGCAGACCAUGUAGGAAUAGUUUUUGCCGCUCUAGGUCUGAUCAUCAUCAUCUCGUUUCUAAUAUUUCUGUACUCUGCCUAUCAGGUGAAACACAUCGAGGAUGAGGCCGAUGACGAAUUUAAGAGACAACGAGCCGACUGGGAGGAUAUAUUCUCUGGCUUUGUUGAAAAGGGGGAAAUUACCGCCGAGGACUUCCCAGAACCUGAACCCAAAGAAACAAGUCUUGAGGAGGAAGAUGAGGAGGAGGAAGACGUUGAUGAAGACACUGAUGAGGAGGAACAUAGUGGGAGUGAGGACGUAUCUGAUAAUGCAAGAGUCAGGGGUCAGAAAGUCUCCGACGUGAGCAUCAAUAAGGUCCUUGUUGCGGACGAUUCAGACAAGAAUAUUUUCACCAACACUGGGCGGGUGUAUGUCCGGAACAGCCGUCGAAGAAGAUUGCUUGAUUCAACACCUCCUCGCUUACAGGGUGCCCUUAGGUCCUGCCGUUCCCCAAGGCAUUCUUCGUUUGACUCCAUCAGAGAUUGCCCUUACACUGAAUUAGAAAAACGUCGUAGACCUAGACCAUCUAGCGCUAAAAUGUUCACUGCUUUGAACAAACAAGAAGCAUUUCAAUGGCUGUUUAAAAAUUCGCCCGACAUGCGAACAAUAAAUGCUCUUUUAAAAGAAACAGCCGACAUUUCAUUAGUUGAUCUUGACUUUUCACCAGGAAAACUAGUGUCCUCUACUGACACUCAAAGUUUUGGUGUUGAUCCAGAAUCUACUGCAUGCAAGUCAUUGGAGACCCCAAGCAAAGUUCAAGGUCGUUUUGGCCAACAGGAAGGCCAUAGUCGUUGUCUCGAUACAUGUUCUACUGACAAGCAGCCACAUAGAGUUAGAUUUUCUCUGGAUAUGCCUCAAAGACAUUCGGAACAAAGAGUAGGUCUGUCUAAAAUGAGCAGGAACAAAGUUUCGACUCAAAGUAAAAGUUCUGGACAUAAUUUGAAGUUAAUGCCAUCAAGAAGUCAUAUAAAAUAUAUGUCCUUACCUCAAGAAGCGGAAGAUCUGGUUUAAACCAGUGAGUACAACUGAUUUAAACCUUUUUCGGCUGGUGGGCUAGAUUUCUAGCUCACGUGUCACGGAUCACAUCACCACAGUAAUAAAAAAAAAAGAUCGUCGUCCGACGGAACUUAUUUCUGCGCCUCAUUGUGCACCGUGGACAAAGGUUUCGAGUGGCCAGAUAGCAAUGCGUCACUGGCAGGAUAUGGCCCACGGUCCGUAGGGCAUCACUGGCUCACACAAUUACCUACUGUCGACAGCGCUCGGCUCGUGCUGGCUUCACGCAUAGACAUCCCUGACCGUCGCCUCACAAUAGUCUUUUGCACAGAAAUAUGCGACGCUACUUUGCAUUUUGUACAUUUUUAGCAACGUUGAAGUAUUUAUUCCUUUUUUUUUAUAUCUGAAAUAGUAGUUUAACUUGCCAACUCUGGUUUAUUUAUUCCACACCUCAGAAGAACUAUUUUUAAAAUAAAAAGUUAGAUUUCUAUUUGGAAACAUAGAAGCAACAAAACAAAACAAAACCGAAUCAAUAAAUUACUUU